CGCCAUGUUUUAAGUUGACAGAAAUAUUGUGGCAAUUCGUCAUUGGGAUUUAAACGCGAUUUAAUGUAGUUUGCAAGUGUUACAUGCGUCUCAUAUGAAAAAUGUAACAAAGUCACAUUCUUGGCAAAAUUACGAGGAUCUUUAAAUAGGCCUAAGUCGUAACCAUUAAUAUUGAACCAAUGGAUGAACUUCAAAAACGUAACCGCGGGAUACAAUAUGGCGGCGCCCAUAGGUAAACAACGUGACCGUCCUAAAGUUGGGGUUGGUGUUUUGGUAACCAGUAAAAAUCACCCCAAUUGUGUAUUGUUGGGGAAACGGAAAAACUCAACGGGCGACGGAACAUAUGCCUUACCAGGAGGUCAUUUGGAAUUCGGUGAGGGAUGGUGCGAGUGCGGGGCACGGGAGUUAUUGGAGGAGACAGGAUUGGUCCUGAAGGACAUGAGGUACUGUGGGGUGGUCAACACUGUGAUCCACUCGGACAACCUCCACUAUAUCGACCUAUUUGUACGGGGGGAGGUGGACUCAGCCCACUCAGAGGAACCCCAAAAUCAAGAGCCACAUAAAUGUGAAGGUUGGCAUUGGAUAGACUGGGACAACCUUCCUUCACAGGAUCAGCUGUUCUGUCCACUGCACCUCCUUAUACAACAAGGCUACAACCCUUUCAAAGAAACAAAUGAAGGUAUUUCCUCAGGAAAUACCAACAGGCCAUCCGUGUUAGUGCCGAAUCAGCGGGGCAGGCCAGGAGUUGGUGUUGGUGUAUUGGUGACGAGUCCCGCCCGACCCGGCUGUGUGUUGCUCGGAGUCAGGAAGGGAUCCACUGGAAGUGGAAUGUUUGCAUUACCUGGUGGGCAUCUUGAAUAUGGGGAAGAAUGGUGUGAAUGUGGGUCCCGUGAGGUAUUGGAGGAGACUGGGCUCAUCCUCAAAGACAUGAAAUACUGUACAACUGUCAAUGCUAUCGGAGAGUCGAAAGACUACCACUAUGUCACCUUGUUUGUGCGUGGGGAGGUGGACAUGGCAGUCAGCCCAGAACCUCAGAAUCUGGAGCCAGAUAAAUGUGAAGGAUGGCAGUGGAGAGAUUGGGGUGAACUCCCACCACUGGACCAGCUGUUUUGUCCCCUACAAAUACUAGUUCAGCAAGGAUAUCAUCCCUUCGAAUCCAAAUGACAGUAGUCAGCAUCACCCAAAUCUUUAGUACUUGUGUCAUUUCAUUUUUUUCUAUUGGGAGACAAACAGGAUAAGACCAAGAUACGGACAUCUCCUAAUUGGUGUUAAUUAAUAUGACAGAUCAUACUUAAAUACAAAGGUAUAAUUCUACACUUUUCCCUGUCAUUUUCAAGGAAACUCUACAUUUUCAAGAACAGUCAGCAUUUUUCAGGAUGUCUACAGGUAAAGUUUUUCAAAUGAAAUAUAAUAUACCUUAAAAUGAGAUGACACAUGCAUACUACAUUUGCUGUAUGCAGAGCACACUGUUGCACUAGGACAAAUUAAUUGGUGCUAAAUAAACAUAUCAGUAUGCAGUACUAACAUAUUUUAUUUACAUUUGCUAUGCAUCAUAGGACCAUAACAAAAUUUGCUAAAAUAACCACCAUGUUUGUACAUUCCAUUGAUUCUUAUUGGUACAUUGCACAUUUACAUGUAUGUAUUACAGGUGAACCUCAUUUAGCCAGGCAUUCGGUCAACUAUAUGGGUAAAAUAUCAAUUUACUAAGAUAAUGAAAGGCAACCUUUUUGAGUACAAUUUAAAGGCUGAUAGUCAGUAGAAAUGUCUACUGAAAACAGUUAACUGCUUUUUGUUGUUAUUUUUUAAAAUUGUUUUAAAGUAAAGAUAUUUUUACAUGAACACGAACCAUUGUCACUAUUAUGAAAUAUGUGUACAAUGUAUGUGUUCUUUUCUUCAUAAAAAUUUGGUAUCCAUCACAUGUUCAAUGCAUUUUACAGUGUUACAAGGAAAUGUUUCCGUUAAUGUGAGCCCUGAGGAAUUGUACAGGCACAGCAUUAAAAUGAGAUCUCAGCUUAUGGGCUGCAAGACAUUGAACAUUGAGAGAUGAACACCUUGGCAAAGGAAGUUAAUCUAAGAUAGAAAGCAGCUCUUUUGGUUACACCAUGUUUUCUAUACAUCAGGGAGAAUACAAUUAUCUCAAAGUGGAAGUCUUCAUAGCAACUGCAGCCGAUGCAGCGGUAACCUGCAUCUUAAUCUCAUAAAAACAUGUUUCAGUUAUUUGCAUUCAGUGCAAAUAUAAUACAUGUAUAACAGUAUAUUGAAUGCUUGUUCUAUAAACAUAACAAUCAUCUGAUUGGAAGAAUCUAUGGCAUCCACCAGUUUGAUGUCAAAAGUGAUGUCAACAAUCGGGCCACAACAUUCAUAGCUGGUAAAUGCCAUCUGAACAUGGUAGAGUUAUAGUGUCAGACAUGGCAAUGU